UACAUUUCGAGAAGGGAAUGCACUUACUGACAAAUUAGUCAAUUUAGGACUUCUCUUGUCUUGACUUGUUUGGCAAGUCGCUCGUCCUACAAAGAUUCUUCAUUUUCUAAUUUCAAAUUUCUUGGGCAUGUUGGCCUACAUGGUUUAUCUACCCUUCUUGGUGUGUGAUUUUCUUUUUUACCUAAUAUUUUUGGAUUCUUUUUGUUUUGCAGCAGCUUUUUAUCUUUUAGGUUUUAUUUUGAAGGAGUUUGGUCUUAUUCCCUCCCUUUUUUUGGUAUUUUCCUUUUCAAGAAGGGUAAGAUUUGUCCCCGACUCCCCUCUCUUUUUCUUUGAUUUUUUUUUUUCUUCAGGAAGGGAAAGGUUUUUUCCUGAAAUCUGAUUUUCUUGCUUUAUGAGAAGUAAGAUUUAAGUCCCAUUGACAAAGUGUAACUUGUCUUUUUCAUAUCAAUAAAAUUCCCUCAAGAUUUAGAAAAAAACGUGUAGGUCGGCAUCGGUGUAGUUUUUAGCUUGGUUUGACAUAUGUGUAUUUACUUGUAGUGCAAUUAAUAAAAUGAAUUUUUUACUCAUGAGUCGUGAAACAUUUUUUUUCACAUUAUUUAUUUGUUCAACGUUUAGUAUAAAAAACUUGAUAUCACAUUCAGAGCACACCAUGUUUGAUGUGCCUAUAUAUACAUGAUAAAUUGUUAAUUACACUGCACCAGGAAAGAGUGCUCAUCUGUUUAUGUACUGCAGAUUUAGCUGCAUUUCUUAAUGUUUUCUGGUUUAAUUUUUUUAAAUGAUGGAUAAAAGCAAAAUUUUGGAUACUGAGAAACAGAAUUCUAUUGAACUUCCAGCUCUCAUCAAACAUAUAUCAUCAAAUGAAGUGGCUGGCUUUGAUAAUGUUGAGGAGACUAUAUUUCUAAAGCCAAUUGACCUUCAACCAAUAAAUCCAUCAUCUAAAGGAAUUGAAACGGCUGAUUUAGAAAGCAUAGUUGAUGAAUCUGAGCCCCGAAUUCAUCAAAGCGUUUAUUCUGUUUCUAUUAGCAUGCCACCAUCACCAAUGGAAAUUCAUUUACAGAACAGCGAAAGGAUGAUAUUCAGUGGCGAAACAAGUUUCAACAAUGGAAUUCCAAAUUCUUCCGCUGAGACUGAGAGUGCUGGCAGCGAACUGCCAAAAGUCAUAAAAUGUCACUCUCAGCCAAUACUUCAUAGCUCUGACCUUGAGGAGGCAGUUAGCACAGGAUGUAUUUCUUAUCAUCCAGGUAUUGAAAGGUUGAAAGAUAGAAGGUUUGAUACUUUCAAAACAUGGUCCUGGAAGCUUGAUAGGCAGACACCAAGUGCGGCGCUAGCAAAGAAUGAUAAUAAUGCACAAAAUGUAGAAAUUGAACGUUUGCCUGCAGACCGAUACUUUGAUGCACUCGAAGGGCCAGAGUUAGACACCCUUAGAGAUUCAGAGGAAAUACUUCUUCCAGAAGACAAACAAUGGCCAUUUCUUCUCCGGUAUCCAGUUUCUUCAUUUAGCAUAUGCCUCGGUGUUAGCAGCCAAGCAAUUUUGUGGAAGGUCCUUCCUACCUCAUCCUCCACAAAAUUUCUACACUUAAGCUUAACACCAAAUCUAGUUCUGUGGUGCAUUUCUGUUGCUCUUGUAGCUAUGGUUGCUUUUAUAUACCUUCUAAAAGUGAUCUUUUACUUUGAAGCAGUUCGUCGCGAGUAUUUCCACCCAAUUCGUGUCAACUUCUUCUUUUCCCCAUGGAUAGCCCUCUUGUUCUUAACUCUUGGAAUACCACCUUCAUUUGCUAACAAACUGAACCCAGCUAUUUGGUACAUUCUUAUGACCCCAAUCUUAUGCCUCGAGCUUAAAAUCUAUGGACAAUGGAUGUCAGGAGGCCAACGUAGGCUUUCAAAGGUAGCCAAUCCUGUUAACCAUCUAGCAAUUGUCGGGAACUUUGUGGGAGCAUUGCUAGGCGCAUCAAUGGGACUAAAAGAAGGACCAAUUUUUUUCUUUGCUGUUGGGUUGGCUCACUACGCAGUCUUAUUUGUAACUCUCUACCAGAGGCUUCCAACAAAUGAAACUGCAAUCCCAAAGGAUCUUCAUCCUGUAUUCUUUUUGUUUGUUGCAGCACCAAGUGUAGCUUCCAUGGCAUGGGCAAGAAUCCAUGGCUCCUUUGGUUACGGUUCACGAAUUUUGUACUUCAUUGCUUUGUUCCUUUAUCUCUCACUGGCAAUUCGGGUUAAUUUCUUCAGAGGAUUUAAGUUUUCUUUGGCAUGGUGGGCAUAUACUUUCCCGAUGACUGGUGCUGCCAUUGCAACCAUCAGGUACUCGAACGAAGUCACGAAUCCAGUAACACAAGCUCUGGCUGUCAUACUCUCUCUCACUGCCACGAUCAUAGUCACUAUUCUCCUCAUAGUAACUAUAUUGCAUGCCUUUGUGCUCCAAGACCUCUUCCCCAAUGACAUUGCAAUUGCCAUCAGUUAUAGAAGUCCUAAACAAAACAAGAAGUGGUUCCACCUCAGACAUGGAAACUCGGACACCAGGGACAUUGACAAAUUCUUGAAGUCAACAAGAAGUUUAGAAAAUAAAGAUUUAGAAGAUGCCAAGCUAUGAAGUUUGAAUAACGAUUACUUGUAUGAUAUAAAGUCCACUACUCGAACAUAUAAAUAUGGUAUUAAGUCCAUGCUCGAACAUGCGAGGAACAUAGCUUCGAAAUUUAAUAGUUCCCGUGAACAUAUGUCGAGUGAAAAGCACAUCUUAGUUAGUAAAGUAAUAAGAGUAUGUUAAAAAUA